AUGCUUGGGAAAACAGCAACGCCCGAAGUUUUUUGGUUCGACUUGAGAUCUGCGUCAUUCGGCAGUGGCGACUAUCGCGUCAAUGGGGCCAGAGCACAAAACUUCAUUCCUUCCUACAACAGAUGUGCCCUGUCAAAGGCUCAAACCCGCUCCAAGUCUCCCUCAACUUAUCGCAAGCCUUGCGACAUUUGUCACGCCCCAAACGAUGUCCUGGUACGUUGUAACAUCGACGACACAUCCGUAUGGUACUUCGUCUGCACGAAAAACUGCUGGAAAAAAGUCUCCGGUGGCGUCAUUGAUGGAAGCCCGCAUCAUCUGUACUACAGAUACGGUGGUAUGUGGAAGAACAAGCACGCAGGUGUUAGUGCGAAGAAGCCCAAACCCAAACAGCGUGUAGCUGUUCGAGAUUGGCAGGAUCAUACAAGCUACGUGUUCAAUGACAAGGUCACAUACGAAGGAAAGGUCUGGAGCUGUCGAAGAAGCCACACAAGCUCCGUAGCAAACGUACCGGGCAAAGGCUAUGGCUUUUGGAAGGAGGCUGAAUAG